UCGGCCCCCCGCUACCAUGGAGGACCUGGUCGUGACUGUUGUCCGUGUGCUGGCCUCUCUGGCCGCGUGCUUCCUCUUCGCGAGUCUGCUGCCGGAGAUCCGCGUGGUGCAUCAGCAGAAGAGCACGGCUACUAUGCCCAGUGCGCUGCCGGUGCUGUCCAUGAUCGCCAACUGCGUGGCGUGGGGACUCUACGGGCUGCUGGUCAAAGACUACUUCCCUCUUGUGGCAACGAACGUCGUGGGGCUCACGUUCUCCCUGUUCUACCUCGUCGUGUACUACCGCCACGAAGGCAACAAAGGUAGUCUGCGGCUGGAGAUUCUAGCCACGGCGCUGGUGCUCGCGGGGCUGGUGGCGUACCCAUUCGUUGCAGCGGCUGAAGGGGUGAAAGAGGAGACUGUGCAGGACAUUGUGGGCUUCGUCACGGUGGCUAUCACCUCUGUCAUGUUCGGCUCGCCGCUGGUGCUGGUCAAGCGCGUGAUUCAAGAGCGCAACACGGAGCUGCUGCCGCUCACUAUGAUCGUCGCUGGAGUGGUCAACUGCGUG